UUAGCCAUGUUUUUUUGUCUUUGGGCAGUUAGUUUUAUAAUAGCUGGUGCGCUGUUUGUUGCGAUGUGAUGAGAUUUAAGCUCUAUUUUUUCUCCCCGCCUUAAAACUGCUACAAUUUCGAGUUUUUCUUCACAUUUCCAUUAGUCAUAAAUCCGUGUUGCAAACGAGUCGCAAUGUUGAAUAUGGCGUUCUAGAAGGGGCCUUUUCACCGCUUAAUAGAGUUAAAUAUAAUAUUAACCAUUGACUGAUGGUAAUGGUUUUUGUUGCAGUCAUUUUUGACUACCCAUUUAAAGAAUUGAUUGCUAAUUCAAAUCCUCCUCUUCCUUCUCCGACCUGCGAUUCUUGACCAAAUAAUGUUAAUCGAUCAAGCAAAUCGAUUGCGUACAUAUGGGGAAUUGGUGCAACAGGAAUAAGAGGAGGAACAAAUUUCAGCACUGUUUUCAGAAUUACAAGCAUGAAUUCAUGUUGGAAAGUGAGUUGGGUAGUGUUUGUGUUUGCUCUGUGGGGCAUUGCAGAGGCACAUUCCCGAGGAAGUUCGUAUUUUGAGAAUCCCUCUUUGAGAAUCAAAUACAAUGCAUUGGCAGCAGAAUCGCUGGUUUCGUGCCCACAAUCCAGAGCAGCACAUCACUUGGGCAGGACUUUGUUGCAAGAAAGCAAUAGCACAGGAGGGGACCAACAGAAUGGAACCUACACAGCUUUGGUUGCAAGAAACAGGAUUGAUCCUCUCGAUCAUUUCAAAAGAUACAAAGGAGGGUAUGACAUAGAAAACAAGCAUUAUUGGGCGUCAACAGUUUUCACUGGCGCAUAUGGAUAUGCUAUUGCAGCUGUCUGGACUAUUGUUGGUGUGCUUUAUGGAACAUAUUUGGUAGUCAAAUCCUGCUGCUGUAACAAGAACAGGAAGAAUAUAUAUCAUAAACCUCAUUCAGAUGCAUACUAUAUCUGGGAAUUCAGGGCUCUAAUUCUCCUCACUUUAGUUAUCAUAGUCACUUCAGGAAUUGUUCUUGCUGGGAACACUCGCUUCCAUACAAGGGCAAAAAGGGUCGAGAGAACAGUUUUAGGGGCUGCUGAUAGUGCCACAGAAACAGUCGAUAAUGUGACCUCAACCAUGAAAAUAAUGCAGGAAGACUUACGUCCUUACGACAAGAAUGCUUAUGAGCGCUUGAACGAGACUGCAGAAACUCUUCAAAAGGCAGCUUUGAACAUACAUGACAAAGUUUAUAAAAACAAACAUGCAGUGGACAUUGGCUUACGAAUACUCUAUAUUACAGUUGCUGUGCUUGUGUCCAUUAACUUGGGUUUUGUGGUCUCUGCAGUAGCUAUCUUCCUUUUGCAUUGGCGCCGACUAUUUUAUUUAAUUAUUAUCAUUUGCUCGCUCAUGACAACACUUAGUUGGGCUUAUUGUGGUUUUUCUUAUGCUAUUCAUACGUUUGCAAAGGACACCUGCUUGGCUUUGAAAGAAUACCAAGUUAAUCCAUAUAAUACCACUUUGAAUGCAAUUCUCCCUUGUAUGGAUCUUGAAGAAGCAGCUGACACUCUGGCAAAGACUCGAGGAGGAGUGCAUCUUUUGAUUCGGCAGUUAAACCAAAACAUUUCAACGUUGCAGUCAUCUUCAAUUAGUACCAUAAUAAAUAUUCCCUAUGUAUGCGAUCCAUUUUCUGACGCACCCGACUAUGAAUAUACACCCGAUGGAUGUGCUAACAAUACCAUUCAAAUUGGACAGAUUUCUACUCUAUUGGAGGCAUUCAAAUGCUCUGGAAAUGAUACUCAACAAUGUACGGCAGAAGGGAAGUUCAUAACACAAAGUAACUUUGAUAGAGCACAAGCAUACACAGCAUCAAUUCAGAAUCUAUUGGAUAUAUUUCCAGAGUUGGAAAGUCUGACAAACUGCUCUUUUGUCAAGGACACCUUCUCCACCAUUCUGAAUGAGCAAUGCAGCUCACUCAAGUCAUCCAUAAACCAAAUCUGGAUACCUCUGAUUAUUUUGUCUACAUGCAUGAUAUUUAUGGUGAUUUUGUGGAUUUCAAAGGCUCAUCAAUAUGGAGAGAGAGAGUUUUCUGAGGGAUCUAUUAUCCCCCAUGACACCCCCAUUAAUUCACCAAAGAAACAACAAAACCCUUCAAAGUCCUCUAUUCAAAUGGACUACAUUCAAGAUAAAGCUGCAAACCAAUUUGUUCUCAACUGUACAUAAUCUCUACCUGUUGAUUGUUUAAGCAGGGUGCAAAGUAUUUUUAUACAAAAGAGAUCAUCUAAGUAGUUGACAAGAAGAGCCAACAAACACACAGCCCCCACGACCAUAUUUCCCUUAAUCAAUGCAUUCACAAAUCCAACACAUAUGUUGAGCACGAAGGUUAUUUAAUUAUUAUUUCAUACAGAAAAAGAAAAAGAUUAGGCAGUAUUUUUACUGGGCAAGAGAAUUUUUUGUAAAGAUUAUUAGAAAGGCUAGUUUUGAAUAAUGUGUAGUGAAGAAGGUUGAGGACAAAGUUCUCCCUCCCUCCAUCUUUUGAAAUCAAAUAUAUUUAUUAGCUCUUUUUCCACUUGAA